GCUGGUGAGGAGGGGCAAGUCCAACUCUCACCCCAAUCACGCCUGUGUCCCUUCUCCCUUCCACUUCGCUUUGCGCCCUCUGUGGCUGCGGGGCGGGGUACCGCGUCAGCCAGCACCAGUGAUAACAAGAGACAGGAUGGCAUGAGCGACUGGGCUACAUGCUACAGUAAUGCACUUCCUGGUAGAGGGUUUCCUCUAGAGUGAGACUGAGAGACAUUUCAAGAUGGCCAAAGAAGAGACCCCAAGUGUUUCCAGAGACUUACAGGAGCUGCAAAGGAGGCUGGGUUUGCUGUUAGAGUCUUUCCAGAACAACUCAAAGGUGGUUGCCUUUAUGAAGUCCCCGGUGGGCCGGUUCCUGGACAGGCAUCCUUUCCUGGCUCUCACCGUGCUGAUGUUUGUUACCAUGUCAGCCAUCCCUGUUGGCUUCUUCCUGCUCAUCGUGGUGCUCACCUCCCUGGGUGCUCUUAUGGGGGCCAUAUUACUGGAAGGCCUGGUCAUCUCUGUUUUCGGUCUCUCACUGCUCUGCGUCCUCUGUGGCCUGGGCUUCCUGUCGCUUGCCUUGUCGGGGAUAGCCAUGAUGUCCUACGUGGUAGUCUCCUGCCUCAUGAGCUACUGGUUUUCUCCCAGAGAUGGAGACAGCCCAGGGCUGGUACAACCACUUUAUGGUGUCAGCAGCAUACCCAGCGCCUUCUGCCUUUCUGCACUGCCAUUCCUAGCCCACGGGUUUGCUUCCUUGUGGCCGUAAGAUAACUGCUACAGCUCCAGCAGGCCACCGACACUGCAAAAUGCCAACGUUGACUGUCAGCUGGCUAUGAAGUUCACAGGGUCUGAAAAGCUCGGACUUUGAGGGGCAUGGCGAGGAAUGACUGGCCAAAUGGAACUAAAGAUUGCGUUCUAAGCAUCGAGAGGAGAGCUCUUCCCCUCACCUCUCAGGACUGUAGUCCAGAGAUAGGGCUGGACGGGAGCCCUGCGUCUCCACUCACUGUGUCCAAACUCCCGCAGUAGCCAGGGUGGCCUCCCCACCCCUCACGGUUCCCCAGUUUGCAGCCUUGAACUUAGCAGAGUGGUGAGCUUCUAGAACUGGGAAGCUUGACCGUUAGAGCCUCUGGGGUGAGUCCCAGGACCUAUCUGCGGGUAAGAUAGAUUGUAUUUGAAGUUUAGUUGCAGUUUGGAGGUGGGGCAGGGAUGAAGAGGAGAUUUUUUUUUCCCAGUCAUUUGAAAUAAGAGGUUAAAAAAAUAAUCCAAAGAGAGCCAGUGCUUACUCACUUUUUAUCAGAAGAGCAUCAGCAUUUGGAAAUCGUGAUCUUUUAAAACUUGAAAAGCUGUCCUAACCCUGCGGCCAGGAGUCCUUUAGGAAAAGUCUCAAGGCCUAGUCUAUUGCGUGCCUUGAUCUUUGACAUAUUUGCACUUGAUAUGUUAAUAUUGUUUAAAGAGUUUGCUUCUGCCAAGCCAUUUCUUAACAAACCAAUAAAACCAAAUGCAUACUGAAGACUACAAAGCAAGCCAACGCCUGUGUAAUGAUCUCUACUUCAUUUACUAUGGUAUUUUAUUAAAUAUUUAUUUGCUUCUU